ACAAAGUUGUGCGCACAUGAGCUCACAAUCACUGAAAAGAGAGUGGUUGUUUUUGUUUGUUUGUUUGUUUUCCCGUUAUUUUUCAGCAGCUUUUCAUUUUCACCCAAACAAAACGCUGAACUCCUCACCCCGGCAGUGUAAUCGAUGUCAGAUUCACUGACAGUGCGCAAUAUUAUGAACUACUACUCUGUAGGAUCUGAUGCUUCCCGUCUGUUUCACCUUCACCUAUACCAGGAUGUAAGUGUCAGAAUUUACUGAAGACACAUUUACAGAAAUGUGACAUCCUGCCCUGGUGAGGCGCUCGCUCUUCUGCUAUCGAUUGCUUGCGUCUGUUAAACGAUGACGCUACAGACGUUAAGGUUUCGUUUUCUAUAUGCAUAAAUCCAAACAGUUCAAAACUGUUUUCAUACUGUCUCAGGCUACAAAGUGUGUAUAAGUGCAUUAACCAAAAGCUCCAGUCAACAAGAGUCAGCAGGCUACCUCUUCUGUUUUAACCGAACUGUUAGGUAAGCCCUAUCAGGCUGGUGUCAUCCUUGUCAGUCAGAAUGACCGACCCGGUUGUGGGGAGGGUAGUUAGUGAUGUCAUUCGCUCACCUGAGGACAAGCGGGAGUACAGGGGCCUGGAGUUUACCAAUGGCCUGAAGGCAAUGCUCAUCAGUGACCCAACCACAGACAAAUCUUCAGCUGCUUUGGAUGUCCACAUAGGUUCUCUGUCUGACCCACCAAACAUCUCAGGGCUGGCGCACUUUUGUGAACACAUGCUGUUCCUGGGAACAGAGAAGUACCCCAAGGAGAACGAGUACAGCCAGUUCCUCAGUGAGCACGCAGGCAGCUCCAAUGCCUUCACCAGCAGAGAACAUACCAACUAUUACUUUGAUGUUUCCCAUGAGCACUUGAAAGGAGCGUUAGAUAGGUUUGCCCAGUUCUUUCUGUGCCCAUUGUUUGACGAGAGCUGCAAGGACCGCGAGGUGAACGCUGUGGACUCUGAGUACGAGAAGAACCUGAAGAAUGAUACCUGGAGGCUGUUUCAAUUGGAAAAGGCCACUGGCAACCCAAAACACCCUUUCAGUAAAUUUGGAACAGGUAAUAAAAUGACACUAGAGACAAGACCAUCUAAAGAGGGGAUUGAUAUCCGUCAGGAGCUCCUGAAGUUCCACUCCACGUAUUACUCAUCCAACCUCAUGGGACUGUGUGUGUUAGGAAGAGAGUCGUUGGAUGAGUUGACGGCCAUGGUGGUUAAGUUAUUUGGAGAAGUGGAAAACAAGAAUGUGCCUAUUCCAGAAUUCCCCGAACACCCUUUACAAGAAGAACAACUUAAAAAAUUCUACAAAGUGGUUCCCAUCAAAGACAUUAGGAAACUUUAUGUGACUUUCCCCAUCCCAGACCUACAGAAGUACUACAAAUCGAAGCCAGGACGUUAUCUGGGACAUCUGAUUGGUCACGAAGGACCUGGAAGUUUGUUUUCUGAGCUAAAAUCUAAAGGCUGGGUGGACACAAUCCUUGGAGGACACAAAGAGGGAGCCAGAGGAUUCAUGUUCUUCAACAUCAAGAUGGACUUGACUGAGGAAGGCCUCUUGCACAUUGAGGACAUAAUCUUCCACAUGUUCCAAUACAUCCAGAAACUCCGUUCUGAAGGGCCUCAAGAGUGGGUGUUUAACGAGUACAAGGAUUUAAAAAAAGUUGCUUUCAGGUUUAAAGACAAGGAGCGUCCUCGUGACUACACUUCCAAAAUAGCAGGUUUACUACAGCACUACCCUCUUGAAGAAGUUCUAUCAGCAGAGUACUUCUUGGAAGACUUCAGGCCAGAUUUGAUUGAGAUGGUGCUGGAUAAGCUGAGACCAGAACACGUCAGAGUUAUAGUUGUGUCAAAAUCAUUUGAAGGACAAACAGACAUGACAGAAGAGUGGUACGGCACGCAGUACAAACAGGAGGCCGUCUCUGAGGAGACCAUCAAGAAAUGGGCAAAUGCAGACCUCAACGGCAAAUUCAAAUUGCCAAUGAAAAAUGAGUUCAUCCCUACCAACUUCGAGAUCUACCCUCUUGAGAAAGACUCUCCGUCAGUUCCCACUUUAAUCAAGGACACUGCUAUGAGCAAGGUGUGGUUCAAGCAGGAUGACAAAUUCUUCCUCCCCAAGGCUUGCCUGAACUUUGAGUUCUUCAGCCCGUUUGCGUACGUGGACCCAUUGCAUUGUAACAUGGCAUAUUUAUACCUGGAGCUUCUCAAGGACUCCCUCAACGAGUAUGCAUAUGCAGCCGAGCUAGCUGGCUUGAACUAUGAACUCCAAAAUACCGCCUAUGGAAUGCAUCUGUCUGUUAAAGGCUACAGUGACAAACAGCACAUCCUGCUGAAGAAGAUCAUCGAGAAGAUGGCCACUUUUGAGAUAGACGAGAAGCGCUUUGACAUCAUCAAGGAAGCUUACAUGAGGUCUUUGAAUAACUUCAGAGCUGAGAGGCCUAACUAUCAUGCCAUGUACUACCUCCAUCUUCUAAUGACCGAGGUUGUUUGGACCAAAAAUGAGCUCAGAGAGGCUCUAGAUGAUGUAUCUCUCCCACGCCUUAACAUCUUCAUACCUCAGCUGUUGUCGCGGUUACAUAUCAAAGUCCUUCUUCAUGGCAACAUCACCAAGGAGUCUGCUCUUGGCAUGAUGCAAAUGGUGGAGGACACGCUCACUGAGCAUGCUCACACAAAGCCUCUCCUCCCGAGCCAGCUGAUUCGCUACAGACAGGUGCAGGUUCCAGACGGUGGCUGGUAUGUUUACCAGCAAAAGAACGAGGUGCACAAUGAUUGUGGCAUCGAUAUCUACUACCAAAUAGACAUGCAGAGUACCCACGACAACAUGCUGCUGGAGCUGUUCGCUCAGAUCAUCUCUGAGCCCUGCUACAGUACACUGAGAACCAAAGAACAGCUGGGCUACAGCGUGCAUAGUGGGCCACGUCGGGCUAACGGUGUGCAAGGUCUCUACUUCCUCAUCCAGUCAGAGAAGGCGCCCCACUACCUGGAGAGCCGAGUGGAAGCCUUCCUGUGUACUAUGGAGAAAGCUGUGGAGGAGAUGAGCGAGGAAGCCUUCCAGAAACACAUCCAAGCCCUGGCCAUCCGCCGCCUGGACAAACCGAAGAAGCUGUCUGCUGAGUGUGCUAAAUACUGGGGAGAGAUCAUCUCUCAGCAGUACAAUUUUGAUAGAGACAACAUUGAAGUGGCGUAUUUGAAGACUCUGACAAAAGAAAACAUAAUGGAGUUUUACAGAGAGCGACUGACGGUCGAAGCCCCAAAGAGACACAAAGUGUCGGUGCACGUGCUGUCCAGGGAGAUGGACUCCUGUCCAGUAGUGGGAGAGUUCCCUGCUCAGAAUGAUGUCAACCUGGCUCCUGCUCCUUCCCUGCCACAGCCCACAGUGAUUCAGGACAUAACAGAGUUCAAGAGGAGUCUGCCUCUGUUCCCUCUGGUCAAACUUCACAUCAACCUCAAGGCAGCCAAACUGUGAGCGAAGCCAGCAGGUCGACACAGCAGGGAGGCACGGAGGGUGGCUCCUGCCAUCAGGAAGACCUUCAUCUGACGGAGCCUGCAUGAGUGUGUGUUUGUUUGCGUGGAUGCAUGUUGAAUGCGGGUGUGUGCACGUGUAGCAGGGAGGAGCCACUCAAAGAGGAAACAAAAGAAUCACAAAGUUGUUGACGUAGCUGUGGUAAUUAUAGAGGUAACACCAGAAUCACCUCAUGUAACGUCUCCAAGAGGAGACGUAAGCUCACGCUUCACAGCACUGUGUAGGCUGCUGUAGACGAAAAAGAAGCAAAAAACAAAGAGAGACCCUUUAGGUCCAUGCCUGCAUGGAAACAUGUUUGCCUGAAAACUGCUCAAAUUUAGGAGGAGAUGUUUUUAAAUUGCUAACUACUAAACCAUGCUCAUACAUCUUUCUUUUUUACUGCAUUUUACAGUAGUGUGUCACUCAGACAUUUCAGGGGUAUGUCCAUGCUGUUUGGUUUGGGGGUUUUUAAAUUACAUUUUAUUAGUAAAUAAAAUAAAAAUAUUCAAUCUGUCAUCUACAUUAGUACGGUAUUCAAGUUAGUGUGAAAAGUAACGGCUGUAGAGACAUUUUGUUUCUCUCUGUUGAAGCUCUGGUGAGGUCGUCAGGAUCCGUUCACUCUGCAUGAGAGACUUUCUGCAGCUGCUGCCUUCAGAUUAGUUUGUAACCUGGUCUGAUUUGAGGCACAACCCUGGAAGAUCCAAAGAACCAGCAGCAGAAGCAUGCCUUAGUCUAUUACUUACACAGCAUGUAGCUCCACAGCGUCUCAGGAGAGCUGGUGAUAAAGCAGUUUUCACAGAGAGGUUUAGAAGAAACAUAUCAGGCUUGGGUGGGCCGUGCACUGUUUAACGUGAAGUACCUAGUGAGUAGUUUUCAUUUAGAAAAUCAGAUUUUUAAUUUCUGAAUGUAUUGAAUGACUGAUUGGCUGGUGGGGGUCAUGGGCAGGUGAAGAGUGCUGAGUUUGGUCUUUUUAUGUUGUUUUUGUGUGUUUCUAAUUAAUAAACAGCUGAAGGGAAGCUCGUCUGUCGCACUUUUCCAGUCUCAACACGUGCACGUCAACAUUUGGAAAAUACAUUUAUUCACAGAGCUCAUACUGUAGAAGUCUAAAGUUAGAAGCAUCGUGUGCAGUUCAGCCUCUCUCUUGGCAGAGAGGAGAUCUGAUGGGAAAGGUGUAGUUUGCAGAUCUCAGAACACCUGUACAGAAGUUGACAUGUGCAGGUUAAAUAUUCCAGGUGGUUGGUUAUACAGUGUGUUAAACAGGCUCUCACUCAGAUUCUCAUCUCAGCAAUAACUUGUUAAUUCAAAGCCACGUUAUUUACACAUGAACAAAGGAGUUUGAUACAUUAGGCUUCACGUCUUAUAAACCAAACUGUUUUGGUCGGUUCACUCAAAUUACAAAACUCUAUAUUCAUCCGUCCUAAUAUCUCAACAUUUCAAUACAUUUGCCAGAAAUUGUGGAUAAACUUGAACAUCUCCCUAUAUUUUUUCCACCGUUUCAAACCAAUAAAAUCCUACUUGAAAACUAAAAAUCAAAGUGUCUGUACACCACUUGGGCAGGACAAUACGGCUCGGUAUUUGAGUGAACUGACCCUUUAAUUUCCACAAGUGUCCAUUCAGAAGUGCUGGCUGCUGCAGUGAGUCUUCUUUAGUUACCAGUGUCCGAGGUCAUUCAGAGAAGUACCUGAGUCUGACCUGAGCUGGUCCAAGCUCAGGCAACUGAAGUCCCAUCAUGGCAGGCCGAGGGGGUGGAGGGUAUGAACUGCCUCUAAAAUCUGGAGGCAACGGCUUUAACUCAAGUGUCCGUCUCCUGUAAGUGCUGCACUGAAUGUUGAGUCAGGCACCCCAAGGUUUUCUAAUGUAUGUAUUAUCCACACAUCACGGCACAGUGCUCACCUGCACUGUGACGGGUGACAAGGCUUCAAGACACAUCACAUGAGAGCGUUUUGAAAAGUAGAGAUGAAGAAUACUGGACGAAGCAUGUGAACAAAGUAAACAGCUGUGUAUCAGCUUCUGAUCUGCGCUCGGCGUGUUAGCCGUUAGAUAAUCAGCUGCAGUGGCACAAUGACGUGGCGAGGCUAGUUUUCUGUUCUGCGUCAGGAUUCACAUCACAUCAUUUUACUGUUUGCUCACGAGUACAUUCCUUAUGCUCAACAUUAGUAGCUUAUGUUCAAAGAAGACUAUCAUCAGCCAAUGGGGUGCUGCGAAAUAAACAAUAUAAAACAAUUUGUAUUUUUAUAAAACUAAUUACACAUGCCCCACAUUUUAAUUCUUUAAAAUACAGUAGGUUUACAAUAGUUAACGUGAUUGCUGAAGCUCAUCCACCCUGCAGUCGUACUCAGGAAACAGGUGUGUGUGUGUGUGUGUGUGUGUGUGUGUGUGUGUGUGUGUGUGUGUGUGUGUGUGUGUGUGAGAGAGACUGUAACUGCACAUCAACUACUAACAUGCUCCAGUCCGCACGUCUCCAUCUUCACUUUAAGCCAGCGUCACAAAAUGUCAGCAAAGA